AAAAAAUACAAUAUCAAGAAAGAAAAAGUCAAUUUUAAUUCAAUUUCAAACAAAGAUUAUAAUUUUCCUUUUUUUAUAUAAUAAGAUUGAAAUUUAAAAUCGGGGCUACGGAUAUUAUAUCUAGUUUACACUAACGGCGAGGGUGAUGGAUCUGAGUUUAACUCUAUGCAUACUCGCGGCAGUUUCCAUGGCCGUGAUCCAAUUUGCUUCCGGUAAUUUCUUGUUUAAUGUGACGCAUAAGUUCUCAGGAAAAGAUAAACAGUUAUGGGAGCUCAAAUCUCACGACAGCUUGCGUCACGCUAGAAUGCUUACCAACCUUGAUCUACCUCUCGGCGGGGAUAGCCGCGCUGAUUCAAUCGGCUUGUACUUCACGAAGAUCAAGCUUGGAUCACCGCCAAAGGACUACCAUGUUCAAGUUGAUACAGGAAGUGAUAUACUUUGGAUCAACUGUGCACCUUGUCCUAAAUGUCCUGUCAAAACUGAUCUCAGUAUACCUCUGUCGCUGUACGACUCAAAAGCUUCCUCAACGUCCAAGAAAGUUGGGUGCGAAGAUGAUUUCUGUUCCUUUAUCUCGCAAUCAGACACUUGCGAACCGAUGAAGAAGCCAUGUAGUUAUCAUGUUGUGUAUGGAGAUGGGAGUGCAAGUGAUGGAGAUUUCGUCAAAGAUAACAUUACCCUGGAUCAAGUCACUGGAAACCUCCGAACUGCACCCCUUGCCCAGGAAAUCGUGUUCGGGUGUGGAAGCAAUCAAUCUGGACAACUUGGGAAAACUGACUCUGCAGUUGAUGGCAUUAUGGGAUUUGGUCAAGGUAAUACCUCUAUCAUUUCGCAACUCGCUGCCGCCGGGAAUGGGAAGAGAAUCUUUUCACAUUGUCUAGACAAUGUAAAUGGAGGUGGAAUUUUUGCUGUUGGGGAAGUCGAAUCUCCAGUAGUACAAACUACUCCUUUGGUUCCUAAUCAGGUACAUUACAACGUCAUUUUAAAGGGGAUAGAUGUAGGUGGAGAACCUGUUGAUCUCCCACCAAGCAUAGCUAACUUUGGCGGAAAUGGAGGAACCAUUAUUGACAGUGGUACAACAUUAGCUUACUUACCAGAGAAUCUGUACAACUCGUUACUUGAGAAGAUUACUGCUCGGCAACAGGUUAAACUGCACAUGGUACAGGAGACUUUUGCGUGCUUCAGUUUCACGGAAAACAUAGAUAAAGCAUUUCCUGUAGUCAGUCUUCAUUUCGAGGACAAACUCAAACUGUCUAUUUAUCCACACGACUAUCUUUUUCCCCUUCGUAAAGAUAUAUAUUGCUUUGGUUGGCAAUCUGGUGGAUUGAGGACUCAAGACGGAUCUGAUGUUAUCCUUUUGGGAGAUUUGGUGCUUACAAACAAGUUAGUAGUAUACGAUCUGGAUAAUGAGGUCAUUGGAUGGGCAGAACACAACUGUUCGUCAAGCAUCAAAGUGAAAGAUGGAUCAGGAGCUGCUUACUCACUCGAAGCAGAUAAUCUCACAGCUUCUUCUUCUUCUUCUUCUUCUUCUUCGGUGAUUAACGGAACACUUGCAACAUUGUUGUCGAUACUAAUUUCGCUUUUCAUUUCUUUUACUUCAUAGUAUUGCUAACAGGAGAUGCAUCCGUUUUCAUUAUUUGAUUCGGCUUUGCGAGUCAUGUAAUUUACACAGACAACUACUAACUUACACAUUCUUUUUUAACUUUAACUGUUGAUAUUUUGUAUGUAGGAAACCGGAGACACAAGAAUUAAAGGCUUCUGAGGAAAAUGCGCAAGAAUUUUUGCUGUUGAAAUUGAGUAAUGCGGAAAACCAGAGCGGGUCAAUAGUGUCUGAUGAUUUCGUUGCAUUUUACAAAUUAUCAAAGAUAGAGGAACUAGAUUUUAAUAAAAGAACUAGGAGUGCUUUUGUG